AUGAAUUCCCGUCUAGCUUGGAUCGACACCGCACUUGCUCUCGAUGGAGACACCAACUACCCCAAUACCAUAGGCGAGGACGAUGGAGCGACGGUAGUGUCGAAGCAACGGUCGAACCAGACUCGUGGUACGCCCCCACACGCUAAACCGCUUUUGGCCCAACCGCGGGCAGCUCCAGCCCGGGUUUUCUCAGCUUCAUCAACCCACCAGUCGCGCCUUUCAGCUACCUGCCACACCAGCCCCAACAUGACAGAUGUAUUUACAGAUGCCGCCCAGGCGCCAAUCGCCGAUCCGUCCAUGGAUAUUGACAUGGAGCUAGACCUGGGUCCGGAGCCCGAGAUUGAACUUCCACCUGUCCAAACUGUGAGUGAAAUCCCGCGCAUUGGCCAGAGGGCCCAGACUGAUAUCCGCGUUUACGAGCAGGAGGACCUCAUGAAAGAUGGUCCGAUUGAUGAAUUGAAUGAGGAGGCAACAUAUGAAAAAGUUCAUGUGCGCGGCGUGGACGAACUCACCACCGAGAACAUCAAACAAUUCUCGACCAGCCACUUCGAAGAGGAAGCGCCCUCUCGCGUCGAAUGGAUCGAUGAUACGUCUGCCAAUCUUGUAUUCUCAUCGCCAGAAGUAGGGCUCAGAGCCCUUGCGGCAUUGACCCAGGUGAACGGAGAAGAAGAUCCCUCCGCCCUCCCCUCUCUGCGCCUCCGAUCUGCGAAACUCCUUCCCUCACACCCCGACUCUGUCCUCCAAGUACGCUCGGCCGUCAAGACGGACCGCAAGCAGCCGCGCGCCCAUGAGAAGAGUCGUUUUUACCUGAUGCACCCCGAACACGACCCCCGUGAACGCUUGCGACAAGAACUUGCAGACCGGCGGCGAGGCGAGGGCGGAGACGGCGAUUAUCGCCGCCGUCGAUUCGAUGACCGGGAACUGCGCCGCCGACGUGACAGGGACCAGGACGAAAACGUGAGUGCUGGCAUGUAUGAUGAUCAACCCGAAAGUGUAUCAGACUCAGGCCGUGGCCGAGGGGGCCGAAAGCGACGAGGACGCGAAUUAUUCCCGGAGGAAGACCUGAGUUCGGGAAGACUGCGCAACCGUAGUGCGUCGCCGGGACGAGACACACUGGAGGAGUCAGGCUACGUUGACCCCUCUCAAGACCGUAAGCGAUUCCGUGAACGGUCUCCCAGACGUGGCAACCAAGGCAAAGAGCUUUUCCCAUCACAUGAUUCUGGAGUUCGUGAAUUGUUCCCCAACAAGCCUACGUCGAGCUAUAUACGAAAGGAGCUGUUUCCGACCAAGCCUAGCAAUCACCGUCGAUCGGAUGCUUUUGAUGCUUCUGAUGAUACUGAUCCUCUCAGGCGGCGAAUCACGGCUCCUGGAGAUCAUUCCCGCCUGGAUCUUACCGUAGAUCAAGGAUCUGCGCUUCGAGGGCAGCGCACAGAUAUGACGCUGCACGCCCUCUCCCUUCUCCAUGAACUAUCUGGGCAUCCUACGUGA